UUAAGAAUUCUAUUCUUAUCAAAAAAAAAAUUAAUUUACAUCGGCUAAGGCCCCAUUUUCCCAAACACAGCCCUAGUUAUACCAUUCAGCUAUUAUUCACCAAAUCUCACUUAAUUGAAGAAUUUGAAAAUUAAAGUAGCUAGACUCAAAACAUUGUCUAGUUUUUCUUUUUCUUUUUCAUCUCAUUAUUUUCACAUUUCCAAAUUUUCACACCAAGUGUCACCAACCCAAAAACAAUUGGCACCACCGGUUUAAUGUUUUGCUUCUCCUAUAAUAUAAAUAAAUAAUUAUUACCUUCAUAUACACAUGAUACUUACUACAUACAUGUUCCAACCAAAUACGUCCUAAACCAAAUCCAACUUCUCCUUGUUUUUUCAUACGUAGGGUUGGGGAGAAUGGGCAGCAAUGGACAAUCGAACCCAAUCAUGAGCCUGCAACUUAUUUCGGGCUCACCAGGUGUGAGAGGGAAGAAAGUUACACCUAUCGAUAAACAUAAUAAUGGGUUGAUUAGUUUCAUGCAAACUAUCAUUAACGACACCCAAUUACAAGAACAAGAACCAUUUUAUGUUCUUGAUUUGGGGGUUGUCGUUAAUCUCAUGGACGAGUGGACCCGUACCCUCCCAACCGUCAAACCUUUCUACGCCGUCAAAUGUAACCCAGACCAAGCUUUACUGGGUGCCAUGGCCGCACUUGGCUCAGGUUUCGACUGCGCUAGCCGGGCCGAGAUUCAAACGGUUUUGGGCCUUGGAGUUUCCCCGGCCCAAAUCGUCUUCGCUAACCCAUGUAAACCUGAGGCCCAUAUCAAGUACGCCGCUACCGUAGGUGUUAACCUAACCACAUUCGAUUCAAAAGACGAGGUUGAGAAGAUCCGAAAGUGGCACCCCAAAUGUGGGCUUCUCAUUCGGAUCAAAGCUCCGGAUGAUGGCGUGGCCCGAUGCCCACUGGGUCCCAAAUACGGCGCGCUGCCUGAUGAAGUCGAACCUCUCCUUCGAGCGGCUCAAGCAGCGGGACUGACCGUCUGCGGCGUAUCGUUCCAUAUCGGAAGCGGAGACACUCAUUCGGGUGCUUACAGAGGUGCCAUAGAGGCAGCCAAGACUGUAUUCGAGACAGCGGCUCGGCUCGGGUUCCAACAAAUGAAAGUGUUAAACAUCGGCGGGGGUUUCACAUCCGGUGAGACGUUUGAAGAAGCGGCUUCGAACGUAAGAGCCGCUCUGAGAACUUACUUCCCCAAUUCUCAAGGGUUGAGCAUCAUAGCCGAGCCGGGUCGGUUCUUCGGGGAGACGGCGUUCACUUUAGCCGCUAACGUUAUCGGGAAGCGAGUUCGAGGCGAUUUGAGAGAGUAUUGGAUUAACGACGGAAUCUAUGGGUCCAUGAAUUGCUUACUGUACGACCACGCAACUCUCACGUGCGUACCUCUGGCGUGCUCGUCAAAGCGUGCCAAUCCCACGUGCGAAGGAGAAAUAACGUAUGACUCGACUGUGUUUGGACCCACGUGCGACGCGCUUGAUACGGUUUUGACUGGUUACCGGCUACCGGAACUGGAGGUGAACGAUUGGCUUUUGUUUACGAAAAUGGGUGCUUACACCAUGGCGGCUGGGUCCAACUUCAAUGGGUUCAACACUUCAGCUAUUUUGACCUACCUCGCUUACUCAGAUCCGACGACUUUGUAUGACUAGUUAGUUUUGUAAUUUCACAAAACCUACAUUCUUAUCAAAAUAUCUAAUGACUCAUUUAUUUAUUUAAUAUACAUGUUAUUUUCUAUAAGUUGGUUGGUUUAAUAGAAAUUUAGCAAGUUUUACUUUUUUCUAUAUUUCUCAAUAAGCAUUGAUAUAUUUUUAGUUUUUACCGAGCUAUCACUAUUAUAUUUGUAGUCAUUGAUGAUUAUUUGUUAAAUAAUUAUUUAGAGUUAUUUUAA